AUGGAGAACCAUCUCAGUGUGCAGCAGAUCUCCGAUUUCCGCGAGGCCUUCUCGCUUUUUGACAAGAACAAUGACGGCUGCAUAAGUAGGGAGGAGCUUGCCACCGUGCUCACACGCCUGGGCAUGGCGCCAAGCCAGGAGGAUCUGCAAGACAUGAUCGUGGCCGUCGAUGAGGACGGCAACGGCACGAUCGAGUUCGACGAGUUCCUCGCCAUAAUGAAGAAGAAACUUUAUGAGAAUGGCAAGGAUGAUGACGAGGAAGAACUGAGGAAGGCUUUCAGAAUUUUUGACAAGGAUGGCAAUGGAUUCAUCUCGCGAAAUGAGCUGAGGAUGGUGAUGGCAAGUCUUGGAGAGGAGAUGUCGGAAGAUGAGAUUGAUGAUAUGAUGAAGGCAGCUGAUACCAACAACGAUGGGCAAGUUGACUACGAUGAGUUCAAGCGUGUCAUGAUGGGCACGUAAACGAUUUUUGGUACUCCUCGGUAGCAAUUGUAUCCGGAAAGCAUUUAAAUGCCAUUUGAUUUCAUGCGAAUG